AUGAGCACCCAGUCCGCCGAUAACCAGCCACAACCAUGGGGUUUGUGGUCCAAGUUGAAAUUCUUAUUUGUUGCCGGAGGAGGUCUGUUCGGAGACGGCUACCUGAACACCAACAUUGGUUUAGUCAUACCAAUCUUCGGCUACCUUUACUGGCACGACGAGCAUGACAACAUGCCAGUGACCGACGGCGACGUCUUGAAAGGCCUCUUCAUAGUCGGCGUCAUGACGGGACAAAUGCUGCUCGGGUUCCUUGGAGAUGCACUUGGACGCCACCGGGUCUACGGCAAGGAAGUGCUGUUUGCGAUUGGGGGCACGCUGCUGUUCAUAUUGCUACCGUGGAAGGGCCUCAGCAAAGCCGGUAUCGUUGCCUGGCUCUGUGCGUUUCGUUUUGUGACUGGCCUGGGGACUGGCGGAGAUUAUCCCAUGACAUCUGCACUUUCUGCUGAACAUCGACCUAUUGGCAGCCGUGCAAAGCUGGUCACCCUCGUCUUCUCCUUUACAACCCUAGGCAGCCUCGGAGCUGCACUGGUUUACUUGGUCCUCCUCGUAGCGUUCAAGUUAAGUACCGUAGGUAAACUUGAUAGACUGGAAUGGGUCUGGCGACUGUUCUUCGGAAUUGGCAUGAUACCAGCGUGCGUCACCGCGUACAUGCGGUUCAAGAUGAAGCAGUCUGCUGCUUUCACGAAAUACGUCGCUACAGUGCGUGACACGAACAAGCCAAAGUUGCAGCAACAGGCGAAAGAUUUCCGAGAAUAUUUCUCGGAUCGAAGACAUCUCCGGGCAUUGGUGGCAGCUGCGGGCAGUUGGUUCUUCUACGACAUCGCCAGCUACGGCAUCGGACUCAACCAAAGCAUCCUUCUCGACAAGAUCGGGUUCUCCCGCGGCCGCUCACCAUGGGAAAGGCUCUGGCGAAUAGCCAUAGGGAACCUGAUCGUCCUGUUCGCGGGGGCGAUCCCAGGCGUAUACGUCGGCGUGUUCCUCCCAGACUUGCUCGGUCGCCGCAAGACACAACUCCUCUCCUGCCUGGCGGCAAGCAUCCUCUUCGCCAUCUGGGCUGGAGUCGCCGACACAAUCGCAUCAGGAGGUUUGAUCACCCUCUUCACGCUAGCCCAGUUCUUCCUCUCCUGUGGGCCAAGCCUCACGACGUUUCUGUAUCCCGUCGAGUUGUUUCCGGCGCGCGUUCGCGGGACAGCACAUGGGAUUGCGGCAGCGACGGGCAAGGCGGGCGCUUUGAUCACGGCGUUUAGUUUUGCGCAGGCGGUUGAGCAGAUUGGGUUGCAGGGUAUGCUAGGGCUGCUUGCGGGACUGCUGUUUCUGGUGGUUUUGUUGACACUAUUGCUGCCUGAGACGAAAGACGUGACACUUGACUGUGUGGAACACGAUGGGCUGUAUGGUCCGACUGUUGUGGGCGAGGAUGAAUCAAUGACGCAUGUGCAUGAGGAGGUUGUGUCAGCGAAAGACAUACCAGGGAAGGACUAA